ACACACACACACACACACACUCGGUUGUGAAAGCAUAGGGGUCAGUGGAAUCUUUGUAUUACACUUGUAUGCAACACAAAACUGAGCACCUUUUCAAACUCCACCAUGGCACUCACCAGAGCUAUCCUGAGCUGCUGUGUUUUCCUUGUACUGUUAGCGAUGAGCAAAUCUGCGCUGAUUGGCAAAAGCCACAGCAAAGGCAAAAGUAACCCGGUGCUUCAGUACGUCGUGAACAACUCCGUGAGAGAAAACGAAGUGAUGGAGAAACUACGACUGAAAACCAUGGAGGAUCCAUGGAACAUCAUGAUGGUUCCCCCGGAACAAACACAGUUUAUGGCAAACCUUGUGAGACUUAUCAAAGCUAAUAAAACUAUUGAAAUAGGUAUGUAUACGGGAUACAAUACCUUGAGUAUGGCCUUGACAAUUCCAGCGGAUGGCAAGGUGGUAGCCUGUGAAAUUGAACAGAAAUAUGUGGACAUAGGCAAACCUUACUUCAAAGAGGCUGGGGUUGAGGAUAAAAUAGAUAUCCGUCUACAACCUGCUUUACAAACCCUUGAGGAACUCCUUGACGCUGGUGAAGCGGAGACCUUUGACUUUAUUUUCAUCGAUGCAGACAAGAUCAAUUAUGACAAUUACUAUGAGAAGUCCCUGCGCCUUGUGAGGACAGGAGGCAUUAUAGCCAUUGAUAAUGUCCUUUGGAGUGGGAAGGUCGUUGCCCCAGAAGAGGAUGAUAUCACCUCCCAGACGCUUGAUAAAUUAAACAAGAAAUUGCAUUCCGAUAACAGGAUUGACCUGAGCAUGCUUACUAUUGGAGAUGGAUUGACCCUUGCCUUUAAACGACACCUAUAACACUCUAAACUAAAGGUGUAAUAAGGGAAGAAAACUAUAUAAAAAUGCUGUAAACAUCAGGGUGUGGUGGGUGUUGUUCAAAGUGUGUAAGUGUGUUCCCAAUUUAUUUCUCAGUCCCACCCUACUGUAUCUCUCACUCACUCUCGCUUUCUGCCUGAAUAAAAGCCCCAAAAUAUAUUCUAAAAAA